UGUAUGACUAAGGACGACGGGAUGUACUGAAAGUCGUUUUCGGAAGUUUUAGGGCGAUUUGGAAAAAAACGAGGCGCUAUUUGCUUCCUUGUUCACCCCUUGAAACACAAUCGUUUGGACUUUACCGAUUUACCGCAAUAAGGUGGGCUUACCCCAAGUUUGAAUUGACAUACGAGACUCAACCCGAAAGUAAUUUGGUGAGACCUGAAGGCUAAAAAGCCCCGGCUGGAUCCAAUUUUCUUUUCCUUUAAACAGCAAGGAUGUAUCGAAACUUUGGAAGUCAAGGAAGAGGCAACCCGGCGUACACUGGCAGCGUCUCUGGGUCAAGCUCUGUGUCCCUGGGAAGCACCGGCACCUCAACCACACAACAGGAACAGAAAUUUACAAUGGCUGGCAGCAGUCAGUUUGUACCAAGCCUCAAUGCCAUCACAACCAACCAGGACCUGCAAUGGUUGGUCCAGCCCUCCCUUAUGCAUCCACCAGGCCCUUCCCGGUCUCCAGCCCCUCCUUACCCAACCCUCUCAGCGGCACGGCCGCUGGGUCCACAGCCUUCCCACUCUCAUCUUCUCAGACCAGGGGUCAUAAGAGCAGCUGCCAAUGCUACCACCUCAACAAGGCGCAGGAACGAUGAACAUUUAUCUCAGGAAGAGAUGGAGAGACGCAGAGUGAGAAGGGAGCGGAAUAAACUGGCAGCAGCAAAAUGUCGCAAUCGCCGCCGAGAGCUGACAGACACGCUGCAAAAGGAGACUGACCAGCUGGAGGAUGAAAAGUCCCGUUUACAGAAGGAAAUAGCUGCAUUAGAAAAGGAGAAAGACAAGCUGGAGCUGGUCCUGGAGGCACACCGUCCCAUUUGUAAAAUAGAGGACUCUGAUUCGGAUUCCGACCCAAAUCCACCAAUUUCCUCUCUGGGAAGCAUCAAAAUGGAGCCAGAGGUCUCAAGGAGACCUGGGCCUUCAACCAAACUACCAACAAAGAUGGAGAAGCCCAAACCAAAGAUUACUAUCCCCAGCAAGUCUGUGUCAUCGUCUGCCUCUGCUGUUGCCACUGAAUCAGAGUCACUCCACACCCCGGUUCUCACAUCCACUCCCUCUCUCACGCCCUUCACAGCUGCAAUGGUUUUCACCUAUCCCUCUGCCCCCUUAGACGCCGGCACCUCCACCUCAUCCCAUGCUGCAUCACACCAGGAAAACGUCCCACAGCACCAUGCCCCACAGCCCUGCGGGAUAGCUCACCGCCGCAGCAGCAGCAGCGGUGACCAAUCGGAUCACUCCCUGCACUCCCCGACCAUCCUCACUCUGUGAUUGGCAGCCCAUGUCAUCCUGGCAAAACGCUAAUGUUCAUUUUGAUUCAGUCAUAGUGUGUGUGUGUGUGAGAGAGAGUGCGAGAGAGAGAAAGGGAAAGAGAGACACACAAAAAGGAUCUGUGGGAAACAUGACAGAAAUGAAAAUGAUGACUGUGAUAACCAUUUCAAAAUGAGCUAUGUGCAUCUGCUUCAUUUCAUCUACUGUGCUCAAAAGCUAAUUCUGUACUUAGUCAUACAAAUUAACGCCAUUAUCAGAAUUUGAAUGUUACACUCUUUUUAGUUUUGAUAUAAAGUCUUUAUAUUUCUUAUUUUAAAAGAUAUUGGAAUGAGUAUGUUUCUAGUUUAUUAUGAAAGCAUUGCAUGCAGAAUAUAUUCUCGAAAGAAUUACUGUGAUAACUACAUCUAAUAAUAUAUUAAUAGUGAUAAUUCAGUAUAAUGUUGCAUUUAAUGACUUGUUACAUUGUUACAUCAUGUUAUGUAACACUUUAUAAAUGUCCUCACCUGGGGAACUAGCACUCAUAAAUAAAUGGUCCUUAUAUUUUUCUAUGAAUCGUUUAAGAAGUCUAAUAUUGUCUAUGCAAAUUAUUGACCACUAAGGCUGGACCAUAGGAGUUAAUAUAGCUCAUACAAUCGUAUUUAUUUUUGAGAGUGUAAUAUAUUUUUGGUAAUGUUUUUCUCUGACAGAUGAAUAGUUUUGGUGGGCAGUGCCUUACUUUUAUCUUUUGUCGAAGCUGUUCUAUUUCA